AUGAAAGACACGGUAGACCGAGUUCGGUAUAUCUUGCGCUCAAAUACAUUUGAUGUCACCGAACUCGAACGGCUACGACGUGAGGCUGUUCCUUUAUCGGAUGAAAAUGCUGCGGCUGAGGAUGCGGCACCACAACUUGCUGAGCAAACGGCAAAUGUGAAUGCCGCCGUAAAUACGCCAGUCGUGGUUGAUUCAAACGAUGAUAGAACAGUCGCCCAGGAACUGGAACUAGAGCAAAUGAGGAGUACAUUGGAAGAGGUGAUUGUGGAAAUGCGCAGUACGCCUCUCGAAAAUCGACCGCGACUUCCCCGCUUAGCCCUAAGCAAGCGGAAUCGGGCUGUCGUGAGGGCUAUGAACCCAAUAAUGGUUACCUAUUUGGAAGCCAGCCGGGACCUUUGCGAGACGGACUCAAUUCUUUUUGAAGCCGCACUGGCAGUCUGCCAUAUUAUAGGCGCCAAACUUUCCACGGCUGAACGCGCUACAGGACAAAGUAGUGCUAUCCCAACAUGGAGAAUAAGAAUAAGAAUUGAAGAACGUAUCGCAAAGGCUAGGGCCCUCCUCGGCAGACUGAUAUGCUUCAGGUCAGGAAAUACCAGGCCAACGAUUGUGCGCACCGUCAGGAUGGCGUUUGCUGGGACAAAUAGUGAUCAGAAGAGGCUCUAUAAAUCAUUGGAGCGACCAAUAGUAAGUGGAACGGGCCCAGCACCAAAUCAGGCCGACACGGUCGCAUUCUGGCGCAGCCUGUGGUUAGAGCCCGUAAACCACAACGAGGGCCCUUGGACGGAAGUUGUGGCGAGUCAGUGUGCGGGUAUUAUGCCCAUGGACCCCGUCAUCAUAACGCCGGAUGACGUAGCUGAGGUGGUCCGUAGGGCCCCGAACUGGAAAAGUCCGGGGCUUGACGGGCUGCAUCACUACUGGCUGAAGGUGUUAAUGGUGUGUCACGCUGUGCUCGCCCGACAGUUUCAAGAGGCUCUCAACCAGAAGUCGCUCCCAAGCCUCUUCACUACUGGGAUCACUCAUUUGGUUCCUAAAGAUCAGGGUGCCACAGAUCCGAGCAAAUACCGCCCCAUCACGUGUCUACCACAUACACAUUCAAUUUGA